AUGCGUGAUGCACCCAGUGAGAUUGCCCGAAGAUACGGCAUCUCGGCCAAGUCCGGCUUUCUUUGUGAUACCGCUCCUUUGAGACGCCUACCAGACCUCUCCUACCAGCCCUGGGAGACUUUGGUCGAGAAUCUGCCUGAACUCAUCGCGAGCGAUGUCAUCAGGGCGAGGAUCGACUGCCUGCCGAUUCUGGAUACAGGCCAGCUGCACAGCGACGCAGAAUGGCAGCGAGCAUAUGCGGUCCUGGGGUUUUUGACUCACGCAUAUAUCUGGGGCGGAGAACGACCGGCAGAGCACCUCCCACCUCAACUUAGCUGCCCUUUUCUAGCCGUGUCUCAGCGCUUAGGACUGCCGCCAACCGCGAUGUUCUCGACGCUUAGUCUUUUGAACUUUGGCUUGAAAACCCCCGACAGUGAUUGGGCCAACCCUGACAAUCUCGAGUCGUUGCUCUCUUUCACCAACACAAAAGAUGAAGAGUGGUUCUACAUGGUAUCCACGGCCAUUGAAGCAAAGGGCGGGCCUCUCAUUCUGACGAUGCUUCAAUGCAUCCAGGCUGUAAAUGACUGCGAUGACGACAUUAUUUUGAAUUGUCUUCGAGCCUUUGCGAGUGGGAUUGGAGAAAUUGAAAAUACGCUCAAACGCAUGUAUGAACAUUGCGAUCCCCAGGUAUUCUAUCACAACAUUCGACCGUUCUGUGCAGGUUCCAAGGGCAUGGCAGCGGCUGGACUGCCAAAUGGUGUCUUUUACGACGAGGGCGAUGGCCGAGGUCAGUGGAGGCAGUAUAGUGGCGGGAGCAAUGCCCAAAGCCCCCUGAUCCAGCUCUUCGACAUCUUCCUCGCGGUUGAACAUUAUGAAACGGGAGACAACAAUACUCGCCGGCCCAGGUCGCAGGAUGAAGGAACCGGGCCGAAUGGAUACUUACAGGAGAUGAGGAACUACAUGCAACCACGACACCGCGAGUUUCUCGGACAGGUUGAACGAAUGAGCAAUGUGCGGGGAUACAUCUCACGGGAGGGAGCCCCGACGGCGCUCAAGGCCGCAUACAACGACGCCGUCGCGGCGUUGAGUCACCUGCGCAAUAGCCACAUCCAGCUCGUCGCCAGGUACAUUGUCAUGCCCUCGCGGCGCCCGCCAGCGGCAUACAUCGUGCAGCGCAAGGGGGCGAACCUGGCCACGGCGUGCUCGGCGCCGCGAAAAGCCGGAGCAGGAGCUGGGACCGGGUCCGACGACGCAUCGGCGACGAGACAGUUACACGGCACGGGCGGGACAAGCGUGAUGCCGUUUUUGAAGAGGACCCGUGAUGAGACCCGCGAGGCUGUGCUGUAA